AUGUACCAUACUUUGAGGGAACACUACUGGUGGCCUUUCAUGAAGAAGGAGAUAGCAGAGUAUGUAAGAAAGUGCUUGAUUUGUCAGCAUGUGAAAGCAGAACGACAGAAACCUUCUGGGCUGUUACAACCAUUCCCAAUUCCUGAAUGGAAGUGGGAGCAUCUGACCAUGGAUUUCAUGUUCAACCUUCCCCGAACACGGAAUAACCACGAUGGAGUGUGGGUGAUUGUGGAUCGACUCACGAAGUCUGCUCAUUUCUUACCGGUAAGAGCAAACUACACGUUAAAUAAGUUGGCCAAGCUCUUCAUUGAUGAGAUAGUACGACUUCAUGGGUGCCAGUUUCUAUCACUUCUGAUAGAGAUCCACGGUUUACCUCCCGAUUUUGGACAAAGUUGCAUGAAGCUUUUGGAACCCAGUUACAGUUCAGUACUGCUUUUCAUCCUCAGACAGACGUGUAGAACUCCAUUUUAUUGGGAUGAAGUCGGUGAGAACCGACUGGAAGUGGCAGAUGACAUCGAACGGACAAAGGAACAAGUGAAGUUAAUCCGAGAAAGACUGAAAACGGCUCAGGACAGACAAAAGAGCUAUGCAGAUAACAAAAGAAGGGACCUCCAGUUUGAGGUUGGAGACUGGGUGUUCCUGAAAUUAUUGCCUUGGAAGGGCAUAGUAAGGUUUGGAAGGCGAGGAAAACUAAGUCCUCGCUAUAUUGGACCUUAUGAGAAUGUGGAGUGUGUAGGUCCAGUAGCUUAUAGACUUGCUUUACCUCCGGAUUUGUCUCGGUUGCACGACGUGUUCCAUGUCUCGAUGCUUCGGAAGUAUAUUCCGGAUCCUUCUCAUGUGCUGGAGGAACAACCGAUAGAGCUACAAGAAGAUUUGACUUAUGUCGAGCAACCAGUUCAGAUUUUAGAUCGAAAGAUGCAAGUUUUGCGUUCGAGGGAGAUUCCACUUGUGAAGGUCUUAUGUAGAAGUCAUACUGUGGAAGAGGCCACAUGGGAACCUGAGGACCAAAUGCGGGAACAGUACCCUUACCUCUUCGAGUAA